AAUGAGAAGAAGGAAGUCACCGACGAAGUAAUAUUUCUUCAGCUUAAAGCUAUAAAACUCGGCCAUUCAUUCAUCUAAUUUCUCCAUUCUCAACCAACAACUUCUAAAUUCUUCAUCAUCACAGUUCAAUCAAAUUCUCACAUUCCAGAAAGUAAAAAGAAAACUUGAUUUUCACAAUCAGAAAACACAGCACAAAAUGAUUAAUACAAAGAAGCUCAUUAAAAUGGCGCGAAAGUGGCAAAAACUAGCAGCUGCGAGCAGGAAAAGAAUUUCCUGGUCAAGAACAGUUGCUGAAAAGGGUCACUUUGUAGUUUACACAAGUGAUAAAAGACGAUUUAUGAUUCCUUUAACAUACAUAAGAAGUGAGAUUUUCACGGAGCUCUUUAGAAUGGCAGAGGAAGAGUUCGGAGUAGCAGCUUCAGGACCAAUUGUACUUCCUUGUGAUUCAAGUUUCAUGGAGUACGCAAUAUCCAUGAUCCAGAGACAUGUAUCCGAGGAUCUGGAAAAAGCACUGAUCAUGUCUAUGAACACCUGUAGAUAUUCAGUAUUGUCAAAUGACCGUAAAGAACACAUUAAUCAGCAAAUGUUUAUCUGUAGCUUUUAGAAACUUUCCUAGGUCUUUUGUAGAUAAUAGAGAGUACUUCAUUUGUAGUAUAAAACAAUUUUUUACCAAAGAAAGUUAAUACAAAUUCCUGCAGAAGUUCAGAUCAAAAAGUGUUGUUAUUUUAACAUUAUGCCUGUGUUUUUGUCCCUUCAUGGUGUAUGGUAUAAGCUACCUGAGAAAAGGGCAGAAAAAGAGCUCAUUUUGUUGUCAUAUGUAAAGGAAAAUGGAUAUGUCAUUGGUGAACAGAUUAAAAAUUUGUACAGCACAGCACAGAUAACUAACAAUCAACGUUGAUUCUUCUCGUAAAUUAAGAUACCACACUUUUCUAGCAAUAAAGUUCUCCGGUGGUUCUUCCAUUAGUUCAACGAUUUGAUAGAGCUAGAUCCGGCAUAUUGAAAAUGUUUGCCAAAAUCGUUACGAUGUUAAGAACGAUUCAAACAACAAUGAACAAAACAAUGUUUGACAAUGUAAACUAAGCAAAAGAAAUACAAAGAUUUAAGGAGGUUCACCAAAUGAUGGCUACGUCCUCCGAGGUGUGUAGUUUCUGUUUAUAUUAUAUCAAAUGAGUAUAAACAACACUUACAAAUGAAGA